AUAAUCUUACUAAUGAAUCUUAACCAAACUGAUUACUGUCACAGGUUUUCCUGUCCAGAGAGAUCUGUAUCUACUGUAAUAUAUGUGUUAUCAUAUGUGUCUGCAGCAGCUGUUGUUUUUCUAACAGUGUGUGGAAACCUGCUCAUCAUCAUCUCUGUGUGUCACUUCAAGCAGCUCCACACACCAACUAACAUGCUCAUCCUCUCUCUGGCUGUGUCAGACUGCCUGGUUGGAGUCUUUGUGAUCCCUACAGCAUUAAUUUGGAUGAUUGAAUCAUGUUGGGUUUUUACUGCAUUUUACCGUAUAUGUUUUACAUUCAUUUCCUAUUUUCUCACAACCAUGUCAAUAUUUAAUGUUGCCCUCAUUGCUGUUGAUCGGUAUUUUGCUCUCUCUAAACCUUUUAUGUACAACAAAACACUCUCACUCAGCACAAUGUGCAUUGAAGUUUUAUCCAUCUGGACUGUAUUGUUCUUUUAUAAUAUAGCACUUCAGCACUUCAAUGGAACCUUUGGAAGUCUUGUAACAUGUCCUGGAUACAACUUUUUUAUCUGGUCUCUGGUCGAUCUUCUGUUGACUUUUGUUAUCCCACUUUCUGUAAUAAUCACAUUGUAUGUUUUUGUUUUUUUUAUUGCCAAGAAACAUGCCACUGCUAUUAGAGACCUUAAUAGUCACACCAGGACUCAGACCUCAAAGAACAUGACAGACUCAAUGAAAUCUGAAAGAAAAGCAGCAAAAGUUCUUGGUAUUUUAGUGUCUGUGUUUGUGGCCUGUUUACUUCCAUACUUUGUUUAUAGUGUAUUAGGUAAUGUGAUAGAAAUUGAAGAAAAAUCAUUACAGAAAGUGUUGAUGUUAGUUUACCUUAAUUCAGCAAUCAAUCCAGUGAUUUAUGCCUUGUUUUACCCAUGGUUUAGGAGAUCUGUUAAAUUAAUUUUAACUCUGCAGAUCUUAUCCACUGAUUCCACGCUGAUUAAUGUUCUUUGA